GCCUCGGUUCAGCAAGUGGGACUGCUUGUUGGGGCUCUCUUGGCAAGGGGACGCGGGGACGAGGUGCGCGGACGCAGGUACGGGAGAACGCAGCUGCGGGGACCUGGGGGCGCAGGACUAGGGCAGCAGGCCCGGCCCGCACGGCUUUCCUGGAAAGCGCUGCCCAGGGCCGCGGCGAUGCCCUCGCUGUGGAGAGAAAUCCUCUUGGAGUCGCUGCUGGGAUAUAUUUCUUGGUCUCUCUACCAUGACCUGGGACCGAUGAUCUAUUACUUUCCUUUGCAAACACUAGAACUCACUGGGCUUGAAGGUUUUAGUAUAGCAUUCCUUUCUCCAAUGUUCCUAACAAUUACUCCUUUCUGGAAAUUUGUUAACAAGAAGUGGAUGCUAACCCUGCUGAGGAUAAUCACUGUUGGCAGCAUAGCCUCAUUCCAGGCUCCAAAUGCCAAACUUCGACUGAUGGUUCUUGCACUUGGGGUGUCUUCCUCGCUGAUAGUGCAAGCUGUGACUUGGUGGUCAGGAAGUCGUUUGCAAAGGUACCUCAGAAUUUGGGGAUUCAUUUUAGGACAGAUUGUUCUUGUUGUUCUACGCAUAUGGUACACUUCACUAAACCCAAUCUGGAGUUAUCAGAUGUCCAACAAAGUGAUACUGACAUUAAGUGCCAUAGCCACAAUCGAUCGUAUUGGCACAGAUGGUGACUGCAGUAAACCUGAAGAAAAGAAGACUGGCGAGGCAGCCACGGGGAUGGCCUCUAGACCCAACUGGCUGCUGGCAGGGGCUGCCUUUGGUAGCCUUGUGUUCCUCACCCACUGGGUUUUUGGAGAAGUCUCUCUUGUUUCCAGAUGGGCAGUGAGUGGGCAUCCACAUCCAGGGCCAGAUCCUAACCCAUUUGGAGGUGCAGUACUGCUGUGCUUGGCAAGUGGAUUAAUGCUUCCAGCUUGUUCGUGGUUUCGUGGUGCUGGUUUGAUCUGGUGGGUUACAGGAACAGCUUCAGCUGCGGGUCUUCUUUACCUGCACACGUGGGCAGCUGCUAUGUCCGGCUGUGUCUUCGCCAUCUUUACUGCGUCCCUGUGGCCUCAAGCACUUGGACACCUUAUUAACUCAGGGACAAACCCUGGGAAAACCAUGACCAUUGCCAUGAUAUUUUAUCUUCUAGAAAUAUUUUUCUGUGCCUGGUGCACAGCUUUUAAGUUUGUCCCAGGAGGUGUCUAUGCUAGAGAAAGAUCAGAUGUGCUUUUGGGGACAAUCUUGUUGAUUAUUGGGCUGAAUAUGCUAUUUGGUUCUAAGAAAAACCUUGACUUGCUUCUUCAAACAAAAAACAGUUCUAAAGUGCUUUUCAGAAAGAGUGAAAAAUACAUGAAACUUUUUCUGUGGCUGCUUGUUGGUGUGGGAUUGUUGGGGUUAGGACUACGGCAUAAAGCCUAUGAGAGAAAGUUGGGCAAAGUGAACAGUUGGCAGAAAUGA